CGCAGUCCGUCCAAGUUCCCAUCGGUACAACCCGCGGUCUCAACAACUAGCAUUCACCAUGAACAAGUUCAUCGUCGUCGUCGCGGUUUUCGUUUCGAUCAUCGCAGGUGCUUUGGCCGAUUACGGCGCGCCUCCACCAUCCAAGUACGAGGCCCCCAAAGGAGGAUACGAAUCGAGCGGAGGCUAUGGCGCUCCGGCCAAGUACGAGGCGCCGAAAGGAUACGCUGCGCCAGCACCGAAAGGAGGUUACGGAGGUGGUGGUGGCUACGCACCGGUUGUGCACACUUAUGCCGCGAAGGCUCCAUCGGCCAAAUGUGGAGCUAGUCUGCUAGUGGGAUGCGCUCCUAGCGUGGCGAAGGUUCCAUGCAUCCCAAGCAAGGGCGGAUACGGUGGCGGCAGCAAGGGUGGAUAUGGCGGCGGAAAAGGUGGAUACCGUUCCCACAUGGAUCACGAGGAAGCUAUGGAUGAAUUCGAGGAAUAAAUCAACCAAAAUCGCAGAGGGUCACAAAAAUCGUUAAUCAAUAACAAAAAUAUUUAAUUCAA